UCUUUUGGAGUGGUCGGGAGGGAGAGAUUCUAGGGAGCAAGGAAGCUCGCUAUGGCUUUCUUGCCAGGAGGGAUCGAAGGGAAAGUACAGGGAGCUGACCCUGGGCAGAACGGGUGAAGGGGUGGGGGAGCGUGAGGUUCCUCCCUCUCUUGAGACUGGAGCCAAUUGAGGGAUUAGUAGGGCAGGCGGACAGAAAUUGGGCUCCUAGUGGAUUUGGGUCCGUUUCCGUUGGGACGUUUUGGGUGUGAGAACUUAAGAGCUCAGUUGACCGGGGAUAGCCUGUGCCGGAGUUGAACUGCAGCUUCCAGCACUUGUAGUUGGGAAGAGGAGCUUCAGCGGCGCUGUUGUCCCACAGUAGGUCUUCUGUCCGCACCCCCUGUGCGCUGCACCCUCUUAACACUGUUCCCAGGAGCUGGGGAAAGGGAUGCUUUUGCCCACUCCCAUGGCCCCUGGAACUGGUGGAAACCUUUCCUCUAACCAGAAAGCCUCGAUACCCUUGAUUCACCAAGGAUCCUUGGCGUGGAGUCUUCCUCCCUUCUCCCAAAUCUUUCUCCGUGAACUUUUCCUCCUGGACUUUGCUAAAGCAGAAACUCCCAGCUCUUUGCUGUCUCCGGUUGUCUCUUCCCUGUAUUCAUGGCAACGUCAGCUGACAGUCCCAGUUCACCCCUCGGGGCGGAGGAUCUCCUGAGUGAUUCAUCAGAACCCCCUGGGCUCAGCCAAGUGUCGUCUGAAGUGACCUCCCAGCUCUAUGCUUCUUUGCGCCUCAGCCGGCAGGCGGAGGCCACGGCCCGAGCCCAGCUGUAUUUACCCUCCACCUCCCCGCCUCAUGAAGGGUUAGAUGGUUUAGCCCAAGAAUUGAGUCGAAGCUUGUCAGUCGGAUUGGAAAACAACUUGAAGAAAAAGGAUGGUUCUAAGCAUAUCUUUGAGAUGGAAAGUGUUCGGGGUCAGCUCCAGACCAUGCUCCAAACCUCACGUGAUACAGCCUAUCGGGAUCCUCUCAUUCCUGGCGCUGGCUCAGAGAGACGGGAAGAGGACUCCUUUGACAGUGACAGCACAGCCACCUUGCUCAACACCCGGCCCCUGCAAGACUUGUCUCCAACUAGCUCAGCCCAAGCCCUGGAGGAGCUGUUUCCCUGCUAUACCAGCCUUCGGCCAGGGCCUCCACUCAAUCCCCCAGAUUGUCAGGGGCUGAGAGAUGCAUUGGAUUCAGAGCAUACCCGCCGCAAGCAUUGUGAGCGCUAUAUUCAGAGCCUGCAGACCCGAGUGUUAGAGCUACAGCAACAAUUAGCCGUGGCUGUGGCUGCCGACCGCAAGAAAGAUACCAUGAUUGAACAACUGGACAAGACCCUGGCCCGUGUAGUGGAGGGCUGGAACCGGCAUGAGGCUGAGCGGACAGAGGUUCUCAGGGGACUUCAAGAGGAAUGCCAGGCAGCAGAGCUCACCAGAAGCAAGCAGCAGGAGACAGUAACCCACCUGGAACAAAGCCUUUCUGAGGCCAUGGAGGCCCUGAAUCGUGAGCAGGAAAGUGCCAGACUGCAGCAACGGGAAAAAGAGACACUGGAGGAGGAAAGGCAAGCUCUGACCCUGAGCUUGGAGGCAGAACAGCAGCGGUGCUGUGCCCUGCAGGAAGAGCGGGAUGCAGCUCGGGCUGGGCAACUGAGUGAGCAUCGAGAGUUGGAGACUCUUCGGGCUGCCCUAGAAGAAGAACGGCAGACCUGGGCCCAGCAAGAGCACCAGCUUAAGGAACACUACCAGGCGCUGCAGGAGGAGAGCCAGGCUCAGUUGGAAAGGGAGAAGGAGAAGAGCCAGAGGGAAGCCCAGGCCGCCUGGGAGGCCCAGCACCAGUUGGCAUUGGUGCAGUCUGAGGUGCGGCGGCUGGAAGGAGAGCUGGAUACAGCUCGGAGAGAGAGAGAUGCCCUGCAGCUGGAAAUGAGCUUGGUGCAGGCCCGGUAUGAAAGCCAGCGGAUCCAGCUGGAGUCGGAGCUGGCUGUGCAGCUGGAGCAGCAGGUGACAGAGCGGCUGGCGCAGGCUCAGGAGAGCAGCCUACGGCAAGCAGCCUCCCUCAGGGAACAUCACAGGAAGCAGCUGCAGGACCUGAGUGGACAGCACCAGCAGGAGCUGGCCAGUCAGCUAGCUCAGUUCAAGGUGGAAAUGGCAGAACGAGAGGAGCGGCAACAGCAGGUGGCUGAGGACUAUGAGCUCAGACUGGCCCGGGAGCAAGCGCGAGUGCGCGAACUGCAGAGUGGGAACCAGCAGCUGGAGGAGCAGCGGGUGGAGCUGGUGGAAAGACUGCAGGCCAUGCUGCAGGCCCACUGGGAUGAGGCCAACCAGCUGCUCAGCACCACUCUCCCACCGCCCAACCCUCCAGCUCCUCCUGCUGGACCCUCCAGCCCCGGGCCUCAGGAGCUGGAGAAGGAGGAGAGGAGGGUCUGGACUAUGCCUCCUGUGGCCGUGGCCCUGAAGCCUGUAUUGCAGCAGAGCCAGGAAGCAAGGGAUGAGCUACCUGGAGCACCUCCUGUUCUUUGCAGUUCCUCCUCAGAUCUUAGCCUCCUGUUGGGCCCCUCUUUUCAGAGCCAGCAUUCUUUCCAGCCCCUGGAACCCAAACCAGACCUUACUUCAUCCACAGGUGGGGCCUUCUCUGCACUUGGGGCCUUCCAUCCUGAUCAUAGGGCAGAAAGGCCAUUCCCUGAGGAAGAUCCUGGACCUGACUGGGAGGGCCUCCUAAAGCAAGGGCUGCCGCCUGCUCAGCUGGAGGGCCUCAAGAAUUUUUUGCACCAGUUGCUGGAGACAGGGCCCCAGAACAAUGAGAACCCUUCUGUCGACCUGUUGCCCCCUAAGUCUGGUCCUCUGACUGUCCCAUCUUGGGAGGAAGCCCCUCAAGUGCCCCGUAUUCCACCACCUGUACACAAAACCAAAGUCCCCUUAGCCAUGGCAUCCAGUCUUUUCCGGGUCCAUGAGCUUCCCUCCUCCCAUUCACAAGGCAGUGGUCCCAGCAGUAGUUCCCCAGAGAGAGGUAGAGAUGGGCUCACAUUCUCAAGGCAGCUGAUGGAGGUGUCUCAACUGUUGCGACUCUACCAGGCUCGGGGCUGGGGGGCUCUGCCUGCUGAGGAUCUCCUGCUCUACCUGAAGAGGCUGGAACACAGCAGGACUGAUGGCCGAGGGGAUAAUGUCCCCAGAAGGAACACAGACUCCCGCUUGGGUGAGAUCCCCCGGAAAGAGAUUCCCUCCCAGGCUGUCCCUCGCCGCCUUGCUACAGCCUCCAAGACUGAAAAACCUCCCACACGGAAGAAAAGUGGGCACCCUGCCCCAAGUAGCAUGAGGAGCCGGGGGGGAGUCUGGAGAUGAGCCCCCCUACCCUACCCUCCCUCUUCUUUGUUCUCUCGUUGUGUUAUUUUAAUAAAUGCUCAAUAGUCUGUA